UUAAUGGAAAUAAACAAAAUAAAAAACAAUUCUUAUAUAAUUACAAUUCACUAAAUGGUUGUUAUAGUGGCAUUACAAGCUACAGAAAACUAAUUAAUUAAUGAGAUUAAUGCCACAGAUCAUGUUAAAAACACCAUUUUCAUUGGAGUGGGUCUUUAAAACUAUAAUAAAAUCACAUUUAGAAGAUUAUUAAGAGCUUUAAUAAAAGAAACGUUACCAUCUGAUCAUUGUGACAAUGUCCAUGCACGCUUUAUUUAUGCAAACCAGACACUAUUCCGUUUAUCUGCUCUCCAUCAAAAUAACUUCUCCAGAGAUCUCGUCCAAAACUGGACGGAAAGUUUUGGCCCAAAGAAUAAAGGGGAAGGAAGAAUUCCAUUCAGCUUUUUAAUCUUGCCUGAUUCCCGAGAUUAUCUGCGUGUUGAAGGGUCAUUAAGCAUAAGGAAGUGCACGUGAUUCAGACGGAGAGCCCAAACACGUUGACGAAAACGUCAUUUCAAGCCUCAAGUACCAACGUCCGCCAUCGCGCUGCAGCGGGCCGCAAAUGUAAACGGAAAGGACGUGCAGCGGGAGAGCAGAGCGCGACCUGUCCACUCUUCUGUUAUCUGGACAUCUGCCUGAAUGGAGGAUCUAAAUAUUAUGACAGGCGUCCUGACUGAGUGUACCUGCUGGUUACACUAUGGCUGAUCUGCACUGAGGCAAGGUGGCUUAUGUCUCAGUGACACGACUGUCCUGAAACUCCCUGACUUUCUCUCCCUCCUGUGUUUUUCUUCAUAAACAUCCUUCAUUGAAACUGUUAUGUAAGUGGCAGAUCAAAUAGAAGUCACCUUUGUGCUUUUGUUGUGGCUGAUGAGGGGAUAAAAAGGAGAAUGUGUGUUAAAUUGGGAACUUCGCAAAUAUGUGGGAUUCUGCAAUCACUGCUGCUUUAGAUUUCAAAGUAAAAGCAUGAUUAUAAGGAGAAGGUGCAGCAAAUAAAAGGGAGAGAGGGAAUGUUGGACAGUGUUGCGUUCGACUCGCUCCCUCAGCCGGGUGUUCAUUUCCAUCUGCAGCACAGUAUCCUCAAGUCUGAACUCUGAUGAGGGUCACUUGCCAGAGGAAGAUUUUUUUUCCCGCCUCCCUUUUUUUUUUUUGACUUCCUUCAUGGGCAGAAGCUGGUGUAAGUGAAACCAGACACACGCCAGCAUGCGAGGCGUUCACUGCUGCAAGACUUCUUCACAGAAUGGGAAACAGGAUGAAAAAGAAGUCCUAGUCGAGGGGUCAGUCACUUGUUUUAUUUUUAUUUUUAAUCAGUCUUUAAGUUAGUAUUUAAUACGAGAGGGGCCAGAAUGUUGAGACUGAAGAGGUUUUCCAAAGUUCAGGACAGGAAGCAGUGCGGAAAACUUCAGAAUGGGAAAUGAAUAGAGCAGUUUUUACAGAUUCUAGCUGAGAAGCUUGAGAGAGCAUCAUGAGCUGGAGCUUUCUCACUCGCCUUCUGGAAGAAAUCCACAACCACUCCACAUUUGUGGGGAAAGUGUGGCUGACUGUUCUCAUCAUUUUCCGCAUCGUGCUCACUGCGGUUGGAGGCGAGUCCAUCUACUCAGACGAGCAGUCCAAGUUUACCUGCAACACCAAGCAGCCGGGCUGCGACAACGUGUGCUACGAUGCCUUCGCCCCGCUCUCACAUGUUCGCUUCUGGGUCUUCCAGAUCAUCAUGAUCUCCACUCCUUCUGUCAUGUACAUGGGAUACGCCAUCCACAAGAUAGCUCGGAGUUCGGAGGAGGAGCGCAGGAAGCAGCAGAGACUCCGUAAGAAGCCUCCUCCGCACUCCCGAUGGAGGGAAAACCAUCACCUGGAGGACGUCUUGGAGGGAGAGGAGGAUGAUGAGGCUGAGCCCAUGAUUUACGAGGAGACGAUGGAGGUUCAGGAAGCAAAGCCUGAACCUGUGAGCACCAACAAACAGCCACAAAAACACGAUGGACGAAGACGAAUCAUGCAAGAGGGCUUGAUGAGAAUUUACGUCCUCCAGCUGAUGUCUCGAGCUGUUUUUGAAAUCGCCUUCCUCGCUGGACAGUAUCUCCUGUACGGUUUUCGAGUUAGUCCCUCCUACGUGUGCAACCGCGUGCCCUGUCCUCACAGAGUGGACUGCUUCAUCUCCAGGCCCACUGAAAAAACCAUCUUCCUCCUCAUAAUGUAUGUCGUGAGCUGUCUUUGUUUAGUGCUAAACGUUUGCGAAAUGCUCCAUUUGGGGAUCGGAAACCUCCGGGAUACUCUUAGGAUGAAGAGACACCGGGGCCGGCGCCCGUUAUCCUACGCCUACCCCUUCUCCCGCAACAUUCCCGCCUCUCCGCCAGGAUACAACCUCGUCAUGAAAACGGAGAAGCCCAACAGAAUCCCCAACAGCCUCAUCGGUCAUGAGCAGAACAUGGCCAACGUGGCGCAGGAGCAGCAGUGCACCAGCCCUGACGAGAACAUCCCCUCGGAUCUGGCCAGCCUGCACCGGCACCUGCGGGUUGCACAGGAGCAGCUCGACAUGGCCUUUCAAACCUACCAAACCAAGAACAACCAGCAGACCUCCAGAACCAGCAGCCCUGUGUCUGGAGGCACCAUGGCAGAGCAAAACCGAGUCAACUCCGUUCAGGAGAAACAAGGAGCGAGACCAAAAACCAGCAUGGAGAAAGCUGCGAGCGCCGGGAAGAACGGGAAGACCUCUGUCUGGAUUUAGAACUCACGAAUCUCUGCAAACGUACAGCAACAUAGCUGGACUAUGAUUCAACAAAAACAUUUCAAUCAAACUAUCUGGGAAAUGACAGUAGCUUAGGUUGAAAGGUUUAGUUUUUAAGGAAAACACACAAAAAAAAUCUCAAAUCUGUCACAUAACCAUAGUGAGUCAUGUUGCACCGUAGAUGUUGGGUAGUUGACAUAUGUAACCAUAGCUAAUUUAGCCAUAAAAAUCUUCCAAUAUCAUAUUUUACUGAACUGGAUUCAUAAAAACAUGGAGACUCUGUGGUUCUUUCUUUUAUUCAAGAUUGAAAGUGCAAAGAAAGAAAUUACAGUCGCACAAUGACAGUUGUGGAGAAAUUGACAGAUGCGUGUUUGUCAUUGCGACAGAUCUUCGGUCAUCACCUGCAAAGUAGUGAGAAAUAAGAUUACUUUCUUGGACAAAAUCUGAUUUUUUUUCUCAAGAAGGAGGGAUUAUACAUGCUUAACAAAGGACAAUUUGCAUUUGCAUAUUUGAUUUAGAUGUAAUGGAAAUAUUUCAUUUAGUUGAUGAAAUAAAAUUGUCCAUUGUCAAGUCCCACCUCACAGAUUUGUUGCCAAGUUAUAUCUUAUCCUGCCUUUCAUAUCUAAAAGUGCCUAAAACUUUUACAGACUGUUAUGUUAUUUUAUUCAUGAGAUUAUGAAUGAGUCGUUCAGUUCAUAUUUCCUGCUUCAGAGGAGCUUUCUGCUUUCCUGAUCUAACACGAUAGUCUGAAAUAGUUUCAUCAAAACAUUACACAAAAACAGACUAAUUUCAUGGAGUUUCACAAACCUUUUUCUGCAGUUAUUUAAGUAAGACAUAAUCUAAGGAACACUUUUCCUAGGACAUGAGGAGGCAGAGUUGCACUGACUAACAUGUCUGAGGGAAAAAAAGGUGUGAAAGGCAAUUCUUUGGGUUUAACAAAAUGAUAUUGCAGACAAGCACUUUAAAAAAUGCUUACUUUGUUCUAAAAAGUUAAGAGAAUACAUAAAAGUGUACAUAGAUUGCCUUCUGAAGUGUUUUUUUUAAAUAAAUGAAGACAUUGAACUCAG